UCCAAGAGUUUGUAAACAAUGAAAGCAGAUAUGGAGUCGUCAAGAGGUCUUACCUAAAAAUAUUGCUCUGUACAGUCCAGAAUAAAUGCGUUUUACGUGACAUGCGUGUCGUUCACAGUCGUAAGGAUUAAACCAAGCGGGACGGACGCGUUUACAAACAUCACGGCUUUUUAAAACGUAUUUUUGGUGAGUAAAAUCGGAGCGCUGGCUGUUGAGGCGGUUGUUUGUUUUUUUCAGUCUGACGUUAGACAGACACCAGACACAACGGGCUUCGGAAAGCGAGACCCCUGAACACAAGAGGAGCCUGGCGAGUUUGUAAAAGCCACAUAGGCGUGAUUUUGGAGGGUUUGUGUUGUCGUGCAGGAUCAGCUCAAUGGGGAACUGUCUGUCUUCUCAAGGCGCUGAUGAUCUGUCCCUGCUCAACGAGUCCGAGGGGGCGAGUCUGCCUGGAGAGCCUCCGCCACCAUACCAGGAGCGGGUGCAGGUGCCAGUGUACCACCCCACACCCAGUCAGACCCGCCUGGCCACGCAGCUGACGGAGGAGGAGCAGGUCCGCAUCGCACAGCGAAUCGGCCUCAUCCAACACCUGCCCCGGGGCAUCUUUGACCCGGGAUCUGAGCCCUCCGACAAGAAGAUCAAAGAGUGUGUGAUCUGCAUGAUGGACUUUGAGUAUGGCGACCCAAUCCGGUUCCUGCCCUGCAUGCACAUCUAUCACGUGGACUGCAUCGAUGCCUGGCUCAUGCGCUCCUUCACUUGCCCCUCCUGUAUGGAGCCGGUGGACGCUGCGCUGCUGUCUUCCUACGAGACCAACUAAGAGUGCCUGCGCAACCCGAGGAACAUGCCAACACGAGUCUGCCAAAUACCGGGACAGUAGAUUGAGCAAAUGAAGGUGGUGUGAAUGUGUGUGUGCGUUCAGAGACUAUAAAAAACAGUAUUAAAAAAAAACUCAAAGGGUGUUAAAAACAUCUCAUUUGCAUGUCAAAGUGCUUUUCGAACAUAUACUAUAUAUGUAAAUGACGUAAAGAUGAAGUUCAGCAUGGUGGAAAAACCAUCAGAGCAUUGAUAAAAUGAAGAUAGAGACGAUUUAAAGGGGUAGUUCACCCAAAAAUGAAACUUCUGUCAUCAUUUAAUGACACUUUACUUGUUUCAAACUGUUUGUUUCCUCUGUUGAACUCAAAUGUAGGCUGAAAAAUGUUUUUUUGCUGCUUGUUCAAUUGCAAUUUCAAUCAUUUUGUGUUGAGACAAUGGUUUCGGCUUGCAUUUAACAGAAUAAAGGAUCUCGUUAAGGUUUGAAACCACUUAAAAGCGAGUAAAUAGUGUGAAAAUGUUCAUUUUAGGGUGAAAUGUUCCUUUAAAUAUGCAAAUUGAGAGCCAUUUAAUCUACUUAUUUACUUUUUUCCUUCUCAUUCCAACCAAAUUAAUACAAUGUGCAAUAUGUGCUUGAGGGACUCCCCUCUGAUUGAAUAUAAAUCUGCCCUUCCACCAAUGAGAAUGAGCCUGGGUUUGAUCUGAGUGUGAUUUUAAUGGCAAAGAAUACUGAACCUUCAUUACAUCGGUAAAACCCAGUUUACUCGAGAGCAUGUGUCAUGUUUGCAAGCUCGUGGUGCACUAACCGGUGUUUGAGGAGGUAGUUUUAUGUUUUCUCUUAUAAUUUUGUUCUCUACAGAUGGCUGCGUCAACAUCUAAAUAGCUUAACAAUGACUUGUUAAGUGUUGUGAUAUGUCGUUUAAUCGUGUUUAAUCGUAAUGGGGUUGGUGAUGAGGUUGUUUGGUGGUAGACUCUUGAGUUUUGCCUCGUAAGCUGCUGUUUUUUCCAGGUUCUGGGAUGUAAGUUGCCUUUUUACACUGGUUUUGGAUAAUCUUUACCCUGUUUUCGGUGUUAAGUGUUGGAUCCUGUUCGUCCACUUUUAGCUUUGCCUUGAAUUUGCCUUGUAUGUUUGGAUAGAGCUGUGGGGAAAGUUAAUGAUACAAUCACCAAACCUUUGUGCACCUUUUAAAUGUUGCCGACUGAAAGUCGACAUUUACAGUGGAAGCUUUAAAGUUAUUCCUUGUUAUUUUCCUGAUUAGUGCAAACCUUUUAUUUUUCUUGACUUGGACAUAAUGAAAUGAAAAAGGAGAAUAUGCUUAGUCAGUUUUGAUACUGUUCGUAAUGUCUUUGAGUCUGUAUGUUAGCUGAAGAUUUGAUCUUAUACCCAUCACUGUUUGCAAAAAGGAAGAUUUUUCACCUUUGUUGUUUUGUUUGCUCUAUUAUCGUGCUGCAUUUACGUUACUGAACUGUAUUCAUAGCCCCAUAUUUAGACUAAGACUAUAUUCUUUCAACCUGCUCAAGCUUCCCUCUGUAUCUUUGUACUGAAUCGUUGUGACUAAAAAUGUGAUUGAAUUCCAAGAACAAUGUCUGAAAAUCUUGAAAUCAACCUGUAAACUGCUCUUAGAUAUCAUAUUGGAUGAGUUCAUUCUCUUGCCCAUCACUCUAUUAUUGACUCCGAAUUGAAAUGUAGCGCUAGCACAAAAUAAAUGUAAUAAAUCUGUGACGUACAAUCAUCACAACAUUAUAUUUUGUUUCAUAGUAAAAUCUAAUUAAUUUUUUUGAUGAAAAAAAUAGAGUUGUUUGUUGUUGAUGCCAUAUAAUUGUAAGUUUGCCAACUAAAAUGAUCAGAUAUGCUAUUAAAAAUGAGUCUGUUUUGUUUGUGUGCAAUAACGGCACAAGAGUAACUGAAUAAAGGUCGCCAAAUUCUUCCAUA